CUCGAAGAAGAUCCUCGAAGGAGGACGAGGACGAAGAGGAACAGAAGAGAAGCGCUAUGGGCCAGACAAGGAUCGUAGAAGGAGGAAAGAGAGGACGGGGCCUUUGGGCUGUUGUUUGGAUGGAGGAUUCAAGUCGAGGAGAAGGCCGAUCAUGGGUGCCCUUUUGCUCAAGACGACAUGACGUACCAAGAAGACUUGGUUACAACAAUAAGCCUCUGUGGUUGGGCUCGCCAAGCGUGCAACUACAGUCAUAACAAAAUCCAGUGAAAGAGAUCGCAACUUUUCUGGAUCUUGUCCCAACUACCCGGGAUUGACUAGGGAGGAGGAGAGGGACAGUCAUCAAGUCCCUGUUGUCCAAGCGGAUCCAUUCCUAGUUGGGUGAAUGUAUGUCGUGUGUCGGAUGAACACGAUUAUCAGGCAAAAGUGCUUCAUUGGGCAACAAUAACAUGCCCUGUUCCCAAGAACAAAUGAAGGUUAGGCCUGCUUGGUUAACCUCUUUCGUGGCGAAUCCGUCGAAGUGAAUUGUGAAACCAUUUGAUGCUCAAUCUAUAAUGGCAUCCAAUCCUAUGCAGAACAAUGGGAGUAAUGGAUUGUCACAUCACCCGCAUACUUCGGACGCAUCCUCCGCCGCUCCUCAACCAGUCCAGGGAGGUGCUCAAGGUUGCCAUUUUGAAGAAGGAACUUAUGGAGAUAUGGGUUCUGAUGAAUCCACAUCGCUGCUUUGGCACCAAAAUAAGCCCACGUGGAGCGGCGAUGUCAUCCCGGAAGAAACGCCCCUCACCGAUGUUCCCGGAUGUUCGGACCAGCCUUGCCAUCCUCCCUCCCACGGACCUUCAGGUUCCGGUGUCGGUCAAUACCUUCCAGGGACAAUGCGUUUGGCCAAUGGACGCAUAGGAUAUCAGCCUGUGGUUCGAAACCAUGAGGAUGAUCCCAAAAGUUUUGAGAGACCCUUGUACAGCAAUACAGUAUUCAAUGCCAUUGUCAACCAAUCUCUAAGCAAUACCCCUGUCAGAACUGUUGCCCUCGACGAAGUCUUGGGACCUUCAGUGGCCGAGUCCUUACCUAAAUAUGCUUACCCAACCAAAGACAAUGCGGCCUUUGGGGGCAGCCAGGAUCUUCUAAGUGGCCACCACCAUCGGCGGACACAAUCCUUGAAAGGUCGAAAGGAAGAUCGACUUCGGAGGAAAAAGAGGACAAGCGAGUGUCGGAUCAGCAUGGAUGAGGGCAACAACAAUUCCCCGCCUCUCAUCAUUCAAGAUCCAAUCACUGAUUCUCAAGGACAUCAUUUGUUAGAAGAUUUGAAUACCACCGCCUUCUCAUACGCCUCCUUGCCACUCGAGCCUUGUUAUCCCGGGACAACGGGUCAUAAUGGUCAACAAACCACCUCUUUCAUGGAACACGACCAACCCCAUGGCCCUUCAGACAUAUCCUAUCCGUACAAUCCAGAUUCAAGUGCAUUUCCACCCGGGGCAAUGCCGGGCGAUAAUUCCACCAAGGUCCAUUUUAGCUCGGAGAAGGACGACAUCUCAUUGUAUGGCACGCCCAAAGAGGAGAUGGCCCCGCCCACGGCCAGUGGUUGUUCCUCAAGGGCGAUCUCGGUGUCUAGUGAUACGAAGCCGGGCUGGGUUCGAAAUCAGUUGCAGAACAUUUUCCAACCAACGGACAAUAAGUUGGCCAUGAAGUUGUUUGGCUCGAAGAAGGCCUUGAUCCAAGAGCGGGUCCGACAAAAGGCAGCGGGACAUUGGAUCAUUCAUCCAUGUUCAAGCUUCAGAUUUUAUUGGGAUCUGUGCAUGCUCUUGCUUUUGGUGGCGAACCUCAUCAUCCUUCCAGUGGCCAUUUCGUUCUUCAACGAUGAUCUCAGCACCCGAUGGAUUGCCUUUAAUUGUCUUUCGGACACCAUUUUCCUCAUCGAUAUCGUUGUUAAUUUUCGCACGGGAAUCAUGCAACAAGACAAUAGUGAGCAGGUGAUCAUCGAUCCCAAGCUAAUUGCCAAGCACUACAUCAAGACCUGGUUCUUUUUGGACCUUUUGAGCUCAAUUCCUUUGGACUACAUAUUUCUCAUCUUUAACAGUAUUCGUGGCACUGACGAGUACACCGAAAGCUUCCAAAUCCUUCAUGCAGGAAGAGCCCUUCGAAUCCUUCGCUUAGCCAAAUUGUUGUCUCUCGUCAGGCUCUUGAGAUUAUCGCGGCUGGUCCGUUACGUGAGCCAAUGGGAGGAAGUCUACAUUUUACAAACAGCACGCAAAAAGACCCGCGAACGAGUUGACCACAGCAAGAUUGCGGGUGGGGACGGUGGCGAGAGGGGAGGUGGUGGCAGCUCCUCACCUAAAAACAGCUGGUUUGUUAAGUUCAUAAGCUCCUUGGGAGUGUUCAUGCGAAUCUUCAACCUUAUAUGUAUGAUGCUAUUGAUCGGGCAUUGGUCGGGCUGCCUUCAGUUCCUUGUCCCCAUGCUCCAAGGGUUUCCCUCCAACUCGUGGGUGGCCAUCAAUGAGCUUCAGGAAGCCUAUUGGCUGGAGCAAUAUUCUUGGGCCUUGUUCAAGGCAAUGUCCCAUAUGUUGUGCAUUGGUUACGGUCGUUUUCCGCCUCAAAGCCUGACAGAUAUGUGGUUGACGAUGUUAUCUAUGAUCAGUGGAGCCACGUGCUACGCCAUGUUCCUGGGACAUGCCACAAACUUGAUCCAAAGCCUGGACUCCUCAAGGCGACAAUACAGAGAAAAGGUGAAGCAAGUGGAGGAAUACAUGGCCUACAGGAAGCUUCCUCGUGACAUGAGGACACGCAUCACGGAGUAUUUUGAACAUCGCUAUCAAGGAAAGUUCUUCGACGAGGAAGAGAUCUUGGGCGAGCUCUCCGAGAAGCUCAAAGAAGAUGUGAUAAAUUUCAAUUGUCGAUCUCUAGUGGCAGCUGUUCCAUUCUUUGCCAACGCCGACCCUCAAUUCGUUUCGUCAGUCGUCACCAAGCUGAAAUAUGAGGUCUUCCAACCAGGUGAUAUCAUCAUUAAAGAGGGCACUAUUGGCACGAAGAUGUACUUUAUCCAAGAGGGAAUCGUGGAUAUUGUCAUGUCUCACGGAGAGGUGGCGACCAGCUUGAGUGACGGCUCAUAUUUCGGGGAAAUUUGUUUGUUAACGAAUGCACGCAGGGUGGCCAGUGUGAGAGCUGAGACCUACUGUAAUGUUUUCUCGUUAUCGGUGAACCAUUUCAAUGCGGUGUUGGAUAUGUAUCCACUCAUGCGGAAAACUAUGGAGACUGUAGCGGCCGAGAGGUUGAAUAAGAUUGGGAAGCAGAAUCCAAAUCUCGGAUCGAGUACAGAAAAUGGGGAUGAUGAUGACAACACACCGGACAUGACAGCCAUUGUGUCAGCUUUGGCUAAUCAACAAUCCGAAGAUGACGAGUCGAUCAUUUCCCAUUGCGGCUCCCUCGAAUCGCUUGAUACCCAAUACAUCCCCAAGGACCUUCAAAAUCUUAGCCGAAUGUUUAUUCAAGCAAACCUUUUGCCGAGACCCCGAUCAUUUUCCAAUAUGUCUCAUGAGAAUCAUGAUCAUGAGAGCUCUAGUCACACCCCAUUUAGCCGCUUUCGUGCCUCCUUCCACAAGUCGGACACCCGUUUGUUCCCUCCAAGAAAUCGCUCUCCGCCCUCCUCUACGCCACGUGCGGGCAAAUCGGGCAAUAGCCCACCGCAUCAUCACCACCAUCACCAUCGUCACCAUGGUCAUGGGCACGGGCACGGACACGGAUACAACAAUCGUCGCAGCUCAGGCAAUGGACACACACUUGUCCCCGGCGCCUUGCCGGGCUUUUUGGCUCCCCCUCUACUUCCGAUCCUGGCCGUGGAGUCCUCUGGCAAAUACACACCGAAACCCGAAACUCGAUAUCGGUCAUCGACGGCCCCAUCGGGCAACUUGCCUGCAAAAGAUUCAAAGAAAGGAAGUCCUCGGUCCCGAGGAGGCCCAAACACGUCCCCAUCAACAGCUCAAGCUGAACAAUCAAGUUCGUCCCAAGAUCACACGAAGUCUGAGUGAUCAUAAUUUUAGCCCUCACUCGUGAAUGAAGUGAACCCGCAUCGCCUAAUUAGUACAGAACCAAGCGACAAUAAAGCAUCAAAAAGAACCCUUUGCAAUGAUACUUGACAUACAAACCAAUUCCGUAGUACAGAUGUAGCCCAAUAUAUGAAAUAUAUAUCAAGUUAUUAUGGUCCCCCCCCCA